AUGGGGUCCUUACAUUUCUCCCCAUCUUGUGGGGUAAUCAAAACACUGUAUGGAAUGAUAGGCAGACAACAUAAGAUUACCACUUUAGGGUUCUUUCUGGUAAUCCUUCUGAUUACUGCAAUCAGUGUCCAAUGGAUGGACAUGUCUAUUCUGUCAGGUGCAUUUCAGAGAAACUCUAACAGUGUUUUCCCUGAGGUGUCCUGUUCCACCGAGUGUCCCGAAAGAACGGUGCUCGUGCCCGAGGCUGCACAAAGCUCGGUGGCCGAGGCAUGCCCCGAGUACUUCAGGUGGAUCCACGAGGACCUGAAGCCCUGGAAGGCGACAGGGAUCACGAGGGAAAUGGUUGAGAAAGCCCGGGAAGUGGCACACAUUAGGGUGCUUGUAGUGAGUGGAGUGUUGUAUGUGGAGAAGUUUAAACAGGUUUUCCAAACCAGGGACAUGGUGACACUGUGGGGGAUUUUGCAACUCCUUACAUUGUACCCAGGUAGGGUCCCAGAUUUGGAUAUGAUGUUCGAGUUGGGAGAUAUGCCCGUGAUAAAAAAACAGGCCUACCGGGCUGCAGCUCCUCCCCCGCUGUUUCAUUACUGCGGUGAUUCCUCGAGUCAUGACAUCGUUUUCCCUGAUUGGUCCUUUUGGGGAUGGCCUGAGCUCAAAAUAAGGCCUUGGGAGGUCUUGAAAAAGGAGUUGCAAGAAACCAAUGAGGGGAGAAAGUGGGAGGAUCGAGAGCCUUUCGCGUAUUGGAAAGGGAACACGAAGCUGAGCCUUGCGAGGCGGGAUCUUGUCAAUUGCAAUGCCACUGAUAAUAAGGAAGAAUGGAAUGCCAGGAUCUAUGAUAUGGACUGGCAUCGCGAGAAGAAGCAGGGAUUCAACACGUCGGAUUUAGUGAACCAAUGCACUCAUAGGUAUAAAAUUUAUGUUGAAGGGAUUUCAUGGUCUGUUAGCCAGAAGUAUAUUCUGGCCUGUGAUUCCAUGAGUCUGGUCAUAAACCCUCAUUACUAUGAUUUCUUCACGAGAAGCCUUAUCCCGACGAUCCAUUUCUGGCCGAUCAGUGAGAAAAACAAAUGCAGAGCCAUCAAGUAUGCUGUAGAUUGGGGCAAUGCUCAUCCAAAACAGGCCAAGGGAAUUGGGAGAGCGGGGAGCCAAUAUGUUCAAGAGAAGCUAAUAAUGAAGUAUGUGUAUGACUACAUGUUUCAUCUGCUGCAAGAAUACGCGAAGCUGUUGAGGUAUCAGCCGAGUGUGCCCGAAGGGGCUGUUGAAGUGUGCUAUGAGGCAUUGAUUUGCUCGGUCAAAGGAUUGAGGAAGAGGUACAGAUUGAAUUCAAUGGUGAAUAAUGCUUCAGAAUCAAGCCCUUGCUCCUUGCCUCUCCCCUCCAACCCUCAAAAUCUUCGGGCGUUUCUUGAGAAGAAACGCGAUCUAAUUAGGCAGGUUGAGCUCCGGGAAGCUGCAAACGAAAACUCCAGACAAGCACAGCUAUGA